AAUAGAUUCUGAGAAAUCUCGUCGUGGCUUGUAACACGAGCUGCUAUAACGUACUUACGUAUGUAGAUUAGCAGCUGCGGAUUAUACACCACCAUAGCGUGUGCGCCAGGCGCGUUGGCCGGCUCUUUAUUUUCUUCAUACCACUACCGAUCCCAUUGGCAGCCACCCAUCGCAGCUAUCAUCUCAAACCCGCCCCUCUCCUAUUUGUUCGCCUCGAUCAUCCAAUUCGUUGCAAUGUCGCGCAAGCGUAGCGCAUCCGUCAUUUCCGUUGAUUCGGAUACAAAACGACCCAAGCAUGCGACCCAAGAAGACGAGCCUUCCAGCGGACAGCAACUUGGAACGACCCAAAACCGAACAGAGCGGGAUGCUUCUUCAGAAUGGGCAGGCGAAGAGUCUUUUUCAGCAGUGCCUUCUCUAUCUCCAACCCUACAUCACAUUGCCCGCUGCGGUAUUCAGCGUUCUAUUGCCGUGGUCCUGGCGCAUAAUGGAUUUCAGUCAGCCAGUCCCGAGGCCCUUGAGAGCUUCACAGGAGCGGUCGAGAUGUAUUUGAGUUCCGUUAUCGAGGAAGUCAAGCGGUUCGCAAUAUCAUCGCGGCGCGAAGCUCCCAUCCCGUCCGACUUUGAACUCAUGCUCAGGCACCAUAAUUUAACACUUUCAUCUCUGAAACCGCACAUCAAGGGCCGACUUAGCAAUCAAGAUACGACUGAUCGCAGUGAAAACCUCAUCACCAUCGAUGACACAUUCAACUCACUGCCGCUCCUUGGCGACGAGCUCAGCGGCCAACCAGACAAAGAGAGCAAGACCUUUAUACCAUCCUCUUUUCCCGGUUUUCCGAGCACACACACCUACAAGUUUACACCGCAAGAAGAUAGAAGGACGCGCGAUUCCAAACAGAUUAGAGAAGACGCGGCUAAGAGUGCGCAGCUUGGCGAAGAUGCAUUGCGCAGACUGGUUCGGGCUUCGAAAAUGCGCAAACAAAAAGAAGUCAAGUCAUUGGUCGAGCGUGAUAGUCAGGGCAAAGAGCGUUUUCGAUUAUGGGAGUCGACUAUGAAGCGAUUCAUGGGGGGCGAUCGUUUCAGAGACCACGCCGAUAAAGUGGAAAUCGCAGACCACAGCAUGCUUGUGAAUGCUGAUACUAAAUUCUCACGAAGAGAGGUAUCUCGCCUAGGCAAGAAGCCCAAUGUUUUAUAAUGCAUUUAUAUGUUAGCGGCUUGGUACCAGUCACUAUACCUCUCUGUCCACUGAUGAACGAGUGGAUAAAAACCUUGAAUUUUUUUUUCCCCCUCGUAUGGCUUGUUUUAGCAUUUAUUAUUAUUAUACCCGAAGCAUCAUUCUAGCUUAGCUUCACAUAGCAAGAUACAUAAGGGAAUGAAUACAAAUAGAGGAUUGAUACAAAUACAAGACUGGAG